GUUUAAAAAAGGCUUUCCAAGAGUGCAACCCUCCUUGCAACUUUCAACUGUCCCAUGUUGAGGUGGUGAGGUCUGAGAAUGGAGAAGCAAAAGAAGGACAAGAAUAGUCAGAUUGUUAAGCUUAGGCAAUUGAUAAAGAAGUGGCGCUCAGCAUCAAACAAUCCAUGUGGGUACUUCUGUAUAUACAGCACAAACUCUUCUUCUUACCCUCCACCAGAUGUGCCUAGAGGUUACUUGGCUGUUCAUGUGGGCAGAGAAGAAAUGAAGCGCUUUAUAAUACCCACUACUUACUUGAGCUGCCCUGAAUUUAUAGCUCUGCUUGACAAGACCGAGGAGGAGUUUGGACACCACCACAUUGGCUUGCUCACAAUACUCUGUGAGAUUACUGUGUUUGAGGAACUGCUGCAUCAGCUGGAAGGAAAGUAAUUUGUAGCUUUCCUCAUCUCUCAAAUCCUCUUUAUUUUCAAUUAUUUCUCUAAAUGUAAAUACCAUAUGGAAUCGAGUAUUCUACUACUAUUGCUAAUAUGGUUUAUUAGUCUUCUGUAGAAUUGAAAUUCAGAUUGUGGAGAUUCAUGGUUUGUGGGCUUACUUGUAUUUGCCAUGCCCAUACCCAGAUUAGUCAAGCCCAGCUUUAAGAUAUCAAUACCUCAUUGGUAUAUUAUCAAUCUAUUUUGGUGUGUUCCUCUAUUCUCGCAAUGUUCUCUGAAGGCCAGAACAACCAGAAAUGUUGUUACAGGUCAAUUCUAGUUUUGUUACAUGUUUUUCUGUUGAAGGUGGGACUGUUUUGUUACUUGUAUCAAUGGCUACUUAGUCUCAUCAUUUUUCAACCAAUAUUAAUGUGUGAAAAUAUUAUUUUUA